AUGCAUAAGCCUUCGCUGGCCCAAAUAGUGCACAGCACAUUAUUUCCGCGCCCGCGCGCGAGUGACCCGGCUACAUUCUCAGCACAUAUUACCCGCAACCUGGUCCCCGAAGUUCGAGUCGAAACAUCCACAUUCUAUGGAUCGCUUGACUGCCCCGAGGCUCAGUAUCCGGGACUUGACUAUUCCUAUGGCCCACACCGCAUGAGGCUCGGUCGUUUCCCAUGGCACCGAAGACUGUUCCGGGCGUUUGACGAGCUUGGUCUUACGGAGACUGAGAUCUCUUCCCUCUGCCGCUGGGAGGGCACCAAAUCGGCUCGCGAGCGUUACGAGAAGGAAGAGGGAGUCAAAGUCCGCGAUACUACGGCAGACAAUAUUCGACCCGCUUCUCCUUCUCCCCUCCCAUCGAUCGAGGUCCACUACGAGGAUGAGACGGAGGAGGAAGAGGAUGAAUUCUUGCCAGAACCGGAAUACCCGGUGGUGACAUUCGAGACCGUGCGCUCUACCAGCAGCUUGAUCGAUGACCGGGGGAUCGAUUGCAUUGUGGAAGAGAAAGAGGAGGAAGAUUCAAGCGAUGACGAAAUGGAAAGCUGCGGAGUCGAGCUGAACCAUCGCCUCAUAGCGGCGACCGCAGCCCGCGAGCAGGGGGCAGACGUGUCACUGGACGAGGAUUGGGAGCAGUGGCUGAAGGAAGCCGGGGAGCGAGGGAGCUACACCGACGUGCUCAGUGCGAUCCGGAUGGGUCAGCCACUGGGUUACCUAUACGAUACGUCUCCUCCAAUGCCGCCCGUCGGAAGGGUCGGCGGUCGAUCAUCUGCCUCACUUUCAGAGCCAUUCGUUCUCCCCACCCCGUCCAUGCUGUCCAGCCGGGGUAUCCAGCGUUAUGCUCAUUCGUCGUCACGGACAGCCCGAUAG